AGCCGCUCCUGGAAAAGGUGCCGGCGGCCGCGGCUGCCUCUUGGCGGGGGGGGGAGCGGAGCUUGUCUGCGUGGGAAAAGGGAUAACGUGGGUUAACGAGUCGUUUUAGCUGGGUGGUGAGCGAAACACUCCAGGAAGGCUCUGACCUGUGCGGUAGGAGCAGCCGAGAGCCAGAAAACCCCGCCUGAGACCAGGGACCUCUUUUCCUUCCGAGCCGAGAAGGGACCAGCACUUGUGAACUACUGCACUGUCCUGAGCUCUGCAGCACUUUGCAGUUGCACAAUUGCAUACAAUUCUGUCUCCUGAGUUCUACCAAACACAUUUUGGUAUGCUGAACAUUCAGGCCAUCAAGUUCAACAUGAGAUCCUCUCUAAAAUAACUAAGAAAAAAUGAAGUGUAAUAGACAUUCAUAAUGCAAAGUGAUACAUAACCAUAAUUUUUUAUGCUGCCGGUGACUUUUGGGUAUCAUUUAUUGACGUGAGUUUCAAAUUCUCAAGGUUAGGCUUUAAACCAAAAAGCCAUGAGCUAGCUAGAUGGAGUUAAAGCAGUAACUGGAUUCCUGGUACGAGUUCAGUUUUUGACCCUUCUUUAAGAGAAAGCAAUAAACAUUUAGUGCUUACACGUUUCGUGUUUCACAUCAACCUCUUGUGAGUUUGCUGAUAAGAUGUAAUGGGUGAUCUUUUAACUUACUGCUUAUGUAACAGUGCCUGAGAUUAAAGGGUCGAUGUGAAGUAGAAGAUGAGACAUUCUACAACUAAUUUUCUACCAACUUUUAGUACUGAAGGUCAACAAAUCCAGCAACAAACAGAAACCUUUCAAAGAUCAAUGCAAUAGUUAUCCCACCUGUGCAUCAAAUCAAUACAUUUGGAUUAACAGAAGAUACCUUUAGACAAAGAAUAGGCGAUCAAAUAUUCAAAGCACUGUUCUUCUUGGUAAGAAUCGAGGACACAUACAUCAAUUAUCAAGAAAAUGAGCUUGGUUAUGUGGCGACAUGGGGAGAGAAUCAGAUUCCAAGUUGCUUUGUGUCACUUCAGCAAAUUUUCAAAUUUGUUUAGGAGCUGGUAUUAAAUAGAGCAAAAUAUGUGACAGAAGGGGUCAGGAAGCCACUCACACUCUGAAUGCCUGAAGAGCUGUUUGAACUGCCAGAGUGUCACAAAUAGCAUUGCAUGGGCAGAGGGCAAACAGCAGCUUGAGAUAUGUGCACAUUGUUGCAGGUGAGUGCUGCACGAGUCCACUGCAAUAUUUUAGGUACCUUGCAUUGGAAAAGGAAGUAUUGCUACAUGCUAAUAUUUCAUUAUUGCUGAGGGAGAUCUAUUAUACUGGCAUUGUGACAAAGCUCUCUGAAAUUCGUAGUUUCUAUGACUACAAAGAAAGAAGUAUUGCACAACUUAACUCCUAGUUUCAUUGUUACGUAUUGCCAUUGGUCUCUGUGUACUACUGCAGGACUGGCCGACGUCUGCAGUGUCGACAAGGUGCUUGCACAAUGAUUGUUUCUUAAGGCAAGGCCAACCCAAGGAAGCAACUACCUCUCACUCACAAAUUAUGCCACAAGAACAUUUGAUGCAUUUGAUGUGCAUUUGAUUGGAAGCCAUCAUGAAGCACCACCACUAACCUGCCUGCUUGCUUCAGGGGACCUUUGCGAGACGCGCCUCCUUCAUCGCGCAGCGCUUCCUCCAAAGAGGUUACCGCCACUGACUGGAAUGCGGGGCAGAGACCAGGCAGCCGAGGAGAAAGAGCCUCGCACCAGGCAGCUACCGGCCAUCCCGAGGAGAUCCUUGCCAGAAAAGGAAGAGCAAGCAAAAGUAGUUCCUCUGGUGGGUCCCAGGAUGGUGGACUUCUUUGCCAUAGCGAGGGAGAAGAAGAGAAUGGCCGACCUCGAAGCAAAGGCUCUAGAGACCAAGAAAGGAAAGGUGGUGAAGGGACAGAAUGUGAGGAAGGAGGAGGAGAAGGGGAAGAACGUGAGGAAGGAGAGGGAGGCGAAAAAGGUGAAGGAGGUGAAGCCGGUGAAGCCGGUGAAGGAGGUGAAGCCGGUGAAGCAGGUGAAGCCGGUGAAGGAGGUGAAGCAGGAGAAGAAGGUGCAGGAGAAGAAAUUUCCAAAAGUGACGCAGAAAAAGCAGCAGCAAAAGUUGCAAGGGAAGGACACGGAAGCUGAGCCGGAAGAAGUGAAGCUGCCAGCGGCCCAGGAAACCUCUGUCACCGAGGAAGAAUACUCAAUCUCUCUGUCUGGGAGCGAGACAGAGCGUUCCAGCUCCACCCCCAGCCUGAGGGAGAGGAUGAUGGGGAAGCAGGAAGAGGCCGAGGAAGAGCCGCGCGCAGUCUUCUGGGACAGCGCUGCUUUGCCUAAACGGAAGCUUUCUUCAAGGACAGAUGAGGCCCUGCGGGAGGUGGUGAAGCUCAUUGUGGGGCAGGUGUCCCGUGAGCAGCAGGGCCGGAGAGACGCAGAGAAGGAUCUGCAGGACCGGCUCCAGAGUGAGCUUGCAGUGCUGUGGUGGAGUCGGCCAUCCACACACGCACCUGGCCUCCUCCAUCUGCCAGGAGCGGAGCACAGACCUGCACCCCCUGCUGGACCAAAGCCAGAGAAGGCGUCACGCAGAGUGGUCCGGAGAGUCGUGGUCAGGCACGUCGACGAGGACCACGAGAGAUCCAGCAGCAGUGAGAUUCUGGAGCCAGACAUCCACUAAGUGUCACCCAACAGCUCAACGAGGACCACCUUUCACUGUUGGCGACGCUCACGGUGACACUGUUAAAGGCGUCGCCACUUUCCAUAUUACCCUUUCCCUAUACCCAAUAAACCCCAACCCCAUCCCCAAACACCGUGGGUCUUUCCUUGGUCGCCGUGAAACGCGCGCUUUACAGAGGGGGCCUUGUAAAGCCAGGUGCUCCCCUCCCCAGGGUUCCCGGGCCUGCAUUGGCAGGGCUACCCGGAGCUGCACGGGCACCACAGUGUGCUGCGAGGGUGCUGAAAUCCAAGGCAGAAACCUUGCGUGAGGAGAUGAGGAGGAAAGCCCGGUCCUCCUCCCUCCGAGCUCCAUCUCGGAGCGGGAGCUGGGAGCUGGGAGCCUUCUCUGGUGUCACCAGUGUGGCUGUGCAAUCUGCACGCUGACAGCUUUGCCCCCGGCUGCUUUGGCUGGCUUGAGGGCGGCCCCUUCCACAUCCUGCCCCUUGCCAUUGCUGCCAGGUCCACGGCUGAAGCCAGGAAUGCCUGUGCUCAAAAGGUGCCGUGCUCAGCCAGUGGGGCUUUCUGAGCCCAGGCUUAACGGCUCAACAGCUCUAAGUCAGUUCUGAGACAGCAUCCUGUCAAUCCUCUUUGGGCUGCUCUUUCCCAUCUUGCGUGUGUUUUCCAGUAACUCAGACAAAAAUCUCAUCUUCCUCCCGCUACGGACGUAUUUUAAAACACGCUUUUUGAUACCUGUCUCCCACAGUACGGGCCCCCUUCAACUCCAGGUGAGCUUUGCCCACGUGAAUAUUUCUCCUACAGAGGCGAACGGCGUGUCUGUAGUUCACUGCUGUCACCUGACCUUACUUCCAUUUGCUAGACACUGAUUUUCCACCCCAGCUCUAGAAGAUCAAGCCAAACCCAUCCCGUGCCCCGCUUCCGUGACUUCUGACAGGUUUGCUAUUGCUGCUUCUGUCAUCACGUGGGUGGCGUGAAUCACGCAGAAUCACAGCAUCACAGAAUUGCAGGGGUUGGAAGGGACCUCCAGAGAUCGAGUCCAACCCCCUGCCAAAGCAGGUUCCCUACAGCAGGUCGCACAAGUCGGCAUCCAGGCAGGUCUUGAACAUCUCCAGAGAAGGAGAAUCCACCACCUCCCUGGGCAGCCUGUUCCAGUGCUCCGUCACCUCACUGUACAGAAGUUCCUUCGCACAUUGGUGCAGAACUUCCCAUGCUGCAGUUUCCGGCCGUUUCCCCUUGUCCUGUCUCCACUCACCACUGAAAAGAGUCCGGCCUCGCCAUUCUACCCCCACACCUUAGAUACUGGUAGACCUGGAUCAGGUCCCCUCUCGGUCUCCUUUUCUCAAGGCUGAACAGACCCAGUUCACUCAGCCUUUCUCCAUAGGGAGAUGCUCCAGGCCCCUCACCAUCUUUGUGCCCCUCCGCUGGACUCUUCCCAAGAGAUCCCUGUCCUUUUUGUACUGGGGAGCCCAGAACUGGACGCAGUGCUCCAGAUGAGGCCUUACCAGGGCAGAGUAGAGGGGGAGGAUCACCGCCCUCGACCUGCUGCCCACGCUCUUUUUAAUGCACCCCAGGAUGCCGUUGGCCCUCUUGGCCACAAGGGCACACUGCUGGCUCACGGCCGACCUGUCGUCCACCGGGACGCCCGGGUGAACUGUUGCAGCUCCAAUAUGUGGGGUUAGGAUGGCGCUAUUUAAUUUCAACAAAGGAUGAUUUCUGCAAGAAACAGCAAGGACAGCGUAUUACACCCGCAAGAAGCAGAAAGAACAGCAUGGAUAUCACACGUUCAGUUAAUUCUUCUGCUAGUUGCUGAGAUCAGAAGCUCAGGAAACAGCAAAGGCAUUGAUACGAAGGGGCCACGUACACAGGAUUGGCAGAAAACGUUGGUAAAUUUGCUU